UGCACUCGUCUGAUAGUUUUUUUUUCCGGGGAGAAACUCUAAUACUACGGGGUAAGCGAUUUGCUUAGUGGGAUUUCCCACAGUCGCUCCACCCAAAAAGGAUAAGGGGAGUUAAAGCGAUCAACCCGGCCAAAAAACGACGGGAGUCGAACUAUUUACAAGCUCCCGACUCAGCCCUGGAGCAAAGUCCCGUACGAGUAAAAUCACAUGGCAUUUUAAGAAUGCUCCAAAGAUGGCGGUGGCAACUUCAAUUUCCAGUAACAGAGUACAGAAAAGUGGUUUUUUAGAAGUGUUGGUGCGGGACCAGUGGCACAAAGUGCUGGCCGCCUUGGAGGAAGACGCGCUGACGCUGAGCUGCGACGAUCAGGGGGACAAUGUGAACCUGAACGGCAUCAGCAACGGCUCUUACGGGAGCGACUCCGGCCACCUGGAUCCCACGAACAGCCCCAAAGCGCCGGUGAGGACAGUAUUCACCGAUCUGCCCCAGCAAGUGCCAGAAGCCAUAGCCAACAGAAAGAGAUGCGUCAAAGUACUAAAGCAGGACGCGGGGGGUCUUGGGAUCAGUAUCAAAGGCGGAAAGGAGAACAAGAUGCCGAUACUUAUUAGCAAGAUCUUUAAGGGUCUGGCGGCGGAUCAGACCCAAGCCCUUUACGUGGGGGACGCGAUUUUGUCCGUGAACGGGGUGAACCUACGGGACGCCACUCACGACGAGGCGGUGCAGGGACUGAAAAGGGCUGGGAGAGAGGUAACCCUGGAAGUGAAGUACAUGCGGGAGGCCACCCCCUAUGUGAAAAGGGGCUCCCCAGUGUCAGAGAUCGGGUGGGAGACACCCCCUCCAGAGUCACCCCGUCUGGGGAGCCCCCAGUCCGAUGCCCCCAGCACCCCCACCCUGUCACUGCAGGGGGACCAACGCUGCCUCCCGCUCAAGAUGUGCUACGUGACACGCGGCAUGACGAUACCAGACCCCGAGAGCAGGCACCUGGAGCUCCACUCCCCAGAUGCCAGGCACACCGUGGUGCUGAGGUGUGCCGACCCCUACGCCGCUCAGGCCUGGUUCGGCGCUGUCCAGUCUGCGGCCACCAGCUUGGCGGCAAAGGUCAUCGCGGAGGUCAAAGAGCAGACUGGGAGGAGUGGGAUCUCUGGGAGUCGGGAUAUCCUCCACCUGGGCUGGCUGGCGGAAAAGACAGAAGAUGACAAGCAGCGCUGGAGGCCGGUGUUGGCCUUGGUGACCGAGAAAGACCUGCUCCUGUAUGACAGCCUACCCCGGAUGAAGGAGGCCUGGUUUAGCCCUACGCAUACCUACCCUCUGUUAGCCACACGGCUGGUCCACUCAGGACCAGAGAAGGGCUCCCCCAAAUCAGGCCAGGAGCUGUCUUUUGCCACGCGCACGGGAACGCGGCUGGGCAUCGAGACGCACCACUUCCGGACGGAGACCAGCAAAGACUUGUCGCUGUGGACAAGGCACAUCGUGACUGGCUGCCACACCUCGGCUGAGAUGAUCAAAGAGGUCGUCACCAGCUGCAUGUACAAGACGCAGGUGUGUCAGCUCAGCAUCCACUAUGAACGCGGCUUCUCAGUGCUGCUGGGGGCCGGGGAGGACGGCUCCAUGCCGCGGCCGCUCUUCAGCUACCCCUUCGAGAGGCUCAAGAUGUCCUCCGACGACGGCGUCCGGAUGCUCUUCUUGGAUUUCGGGGGGAAGGAAGGGGAAAUCCGACUGGAUCUCCACUCCUGUCCAAAGCCCAUUGUCUUCAUCCUACACUCCUUCCUCUCUGCAAAGAUUUCCCGACUUGGCUUGCUGGCGUGAAGAAGGUUUUACCAUGAAAUGGACCAAAUCAUCCCAAGGCCAACUCCCCCCUCCCCUCCCCCCGCAUCACACAGUGUGCACAUCAGACUGAAGAUCUUUUAACAGAUCUUUUAAAGGAUCUAUUGUGAUCUACUUAGCUUCAGAUUGUAUUUUGAAGUACAUAUAACAGAAUUAACUUUGUCUUGAGUUACCUAUGUGAGAAUAGCAGGGAAAUCUUAAACACUAGAAAUUAUCAACAUUAAUACUUAACUGAAAUCUGUGCUUUAGCACAAUAACUGCAGAGAACACUAACAUAUUUAAUUGAAUUAAAGAUAUACUGGAAGUAUUAUUUUUACUAUUUCCCCAUCCUAAGACCUUUGUCCUGUAACCUUCAUGAAGGAAGCGAGUGGUCAUAUGACUGCUGCACUAAUCAUAAAAUAAAUGGACGGUACACUUCUGGCAGCUAUAGUCAUCUGUACAACUAAACUGGCUUUAAAGAAUAAAAAAAAAAAAAAAAAAAAAUCAGUAAUACAGUUUAGUCUUUUUCCCUAUUUAACACCCAAGGCAUUUUCAUUUCCGGCUUUUCAUAUUUACAAAUAUUAGUGAUCCGUAACGGAUUCUCUGAUUCAGAGGAAGCAAAGUGAUGGAGGUGAAAUGUAAAUGAUAUCAGUUAUAUGUGCUUUUUUUUUUUAAUAGGUUGGACUAAAAAAUAUGUCACAGUAGGCGUUGGUGGCUCAUCUGUCUCAUUACUCACAGACAAGAGCAUUGUAAGACUUUGAAUGCAAGAUGGUAAAUUAAAGGGCUGCACUGUUCUCCUGUUCUCAAGUUAACUGGCAAUUAGAGGGAAUGUUUUUUAAGUGCCGAAAGCUCCCGACAGAACAGGCCACAAUGUUGCAACAUUCCUAUGAGGUUGACUCAUUUUUGUAGGUCUCUAGGGUCAAUGAGGGCAAAAAGGUCACUGCCAACCGUUAUUGUGCUUGGCGAACAGGAUAAAGAAGAAAAAAAAAAAGUGGACGUCAUUUGGCAGGUAUAAUAUGCUAUUGAAAAUGCGUGUCCUCCACUUAGAGUAGAAUAAAUGCAAAUAAGUGGCUCCUGAUUGGUUAGUCUACCGAAUGUUUUUCCCUAUGGGAAAAUUCUAGUCUAUAACUGACCAUGAGGAAAAGUGCAAAUAUCUUAACUGUGCCCUUGUCUUCUGGAAUAUUUCUUUGCUGCUGAAAUUGACGUCUCGCUCUAGUUUACCCCACUGGGAAUGGAAUCUGAUAAGGAUACUCAGUUACUGGUAAUUGACCAACGCUACUAUUUUUUUUCCCCCCCAAACGUGUUUAUGGCCUCAUAAACAUGGCUCUGCUUCCUCAAAACAGUUUUGUUAAAUGUCUGGCGAUGCCUGGUUUGCAGCAGCAAAUGCCUGUUUCUAUGUUUUUGCGGGGUCAUUAAAUGCACUAUGCACCACAUGUUUAAUGGGUCAGUAAACCUGGAUAUCAAGCUUUAAUCAUCCAGAAUCUGUGUGACUGUUCACAAUGAGUCCCAGCAAGGGAAAGUACACUGGUUGUUGGCAACUACUCAGCUAGUUUACAGUUACGGUGAAAUACAGAAUUGUAUUAACUGUCCACGUUGCAUUAUUACCAAGAAAAGGCUGAAGUGACAGAAUAACGUGGAGCCCAGGAGGGAGCCGUGCAGAACUCCUGGGAGGACUGAAAGUCCGAGAAGUCACAAAGGAAAAGUCAGUAGUGAAAUUCUUAAUAGAUGGAGAGUAUGUAAUUCUAAACAAAUAUGAAGUCCUUCUGUGUAACUCUGUAUAUCCGUUUUUGUGUCUGGGGACUCCUGUGUUUGUGAUCCCAAGGAUAAAAUGAGAGGGGGGGGGGGGGGGGGAUGUACGGAAAUAGCAUACUAACAUAAAUUAGGAGGGUUUCUUCAAAGAUGUAAUCCUGGGUUUGUGAUUAACCUCAACAGUGAUCCGCUCACCCCUUAACUUAUACAACCGAGAAUACAUCCAUUCUUUUACAAUAAUUAACAUUAUCAAUCAAGACCCUCAGCAGCACAAGCGGAAUAAGUGGACCUUGGUUAUUUUCAUGGAUAAGCUAUGACUGUACAUCUCAUUCAUUACAAAUUUAGCGGCGAGUGAUACCUCAGCUCACAGAAUGUCGGUUGCUAAUCUGAAACUCUUGUCACUUGUGAUUAAAGAGCUGAAUCCUGA